AUGUAUGACUUAAACAGCUCCGUGUUGAAGGAGGGGAGCGUAAUAAAAGACAGCAAAGGAUACAAUAUGAUCCGGGAAAUCUGUCUCCUCAUCUUCCUCUCUCUGGGUCUCCUUCUCAACAUGCUAGCAUUCGUCGUGUUACGGAAACUCGCGAAAACCAACGGCCACUACGUCAUUGUAAUGGGGCUGAUAUCCAGCAACAUCGUGUGCAACAUCACGCUGCUGACGUUGAUCCCAUUCACCGUUCGUAACAUCCACAACCAGGUCCUGUUCGCCAUCAUGUUUCCUCUCUCACUCUCUACGUAUCUGGUUUCCGUCAGCCAUAUUGCCUGCAUCAGCGUAGAACGACUCGUGGCAGUCGUAAAACCCUUGCACUAUCGCACACUCUUCUCCAUCGGCAGAAUGAAAGUUACCGUCCUUGUUGUGUGGAUUAUCGCCCUUCUUUCUCAUAUAAUAAUUGUGUUCGCAAAUGUAAAUCCUCGUGAAGUGAAAAGCGCCAGAUACAUUCGCUUUGUUAUGUUUCGACCUUACCUGACUGUCUACUACUCCACUGGACUGACCUUCAUCUUCGCGGUUUACACAGUCUUGCUCAUUUGUUUGGGCUGUGAUAAGAAGAUGGGUAACAAGACAGUUGCUCCUUUAACAACAACAUGCUCAGCGUCGGAAUCUAAAAACAUCAGUGUCGUUAUGACCAUCGAGGAAGAGUUAUCAGUGUCCCACACAGAUACACAAGGCAUAACGAAGCUCAGAGAAAAUGGUGAUGACAAGACCAACGUGGCAAACGACGUCCAGGAAUCUGGAAAGCAGAAUUUCAAGAAACGCGAUAAUAACCUCCCGUCCUCGGGAGAGAACACCAUCCCUUGUAGCUCUGGAGUUGACAAAAAUAUUUCGUCAUUUUGCCUCGGCGAUGUCGCAAAGGGAAAUAAUUAUAACCCAAGUAAAAUCGACGAAGAAGAAAAAAAUCAAAGAAGGGAGACAACUACGACAUUUCUGUCCGACGUCCGCUCUAGACUCCAGCAGAUGACAAACAAGCCAGACCGUUAUCUGUCACCCCCAGUCAAUCCAGAGUUGGAGGUCGAGCGACUUCCUACCCCAUCGACGUCGACAAACGUCAACAGCGAGCCCUGCAUUGUCAGUCAGAGCUCGAGAGAUCCCAAGGCAGUGAUGACCAUUGGUCUGCUCAUCCUUGUGCACCUGUUGACGGGCCUGGCCACUUUAGUCUCGUACGGAAUCCUUGGCGAAAACGCACUGUCUCACCCCACGCUUUUUGGCCUGCCGAUUAUGAUGACACUGACCAAUUCUAUUUUUGAUCCGUUCUUCUAUGUCAUAAUUUCAAAAGAGGUGCGAAAAGCUAUGGCAAAAAUAUUUACGGGUGUAUACUACAAAAUCAAAUCUCGUAGACAACAAUAG